AUGCCUGCAGCUGCAGCUCCCGGCCGUCACUGCAUGCACCAGCUGCCGCUGCUGCUGCUGCUGCUGCUGCUGGCUCUUUUAUCCCAGCUGCCCCUGGGCCUCUGCAGGGCACCCUGGAGCAGCCCCAAAGCCAGAGCCCUCUACGUCGGGCGCCAGCUGCUGCAGCAGGAAGCUCGGCUUCCCCCACGGGGAACUGCUGCAGAGGCCAGCAGUAGCAGCAGCAGCAACAGCAGCGGCAGCAGCAACAAGAAGCAACUCGCGUUCCUGCGGUACCGCAAUCUGCAGCUGUCGAGCCCUCUAAAGCUGCAGAGGAGGGAGUGCGUCGCAGCAGCAGCUGAUGCAGCGUCUCCAGCAGCAGCAGCAGCAAGAAUUCCAAGAACAGGAGGGAGAUCUGCAACAGCAGCAACAGCUGCAGCAGCAGCAGCAGGUGAUGCAGCGCCUGUUAAGAACAACGUAACUGCUGCAGUGAAUGAGGUGCUCGAGAAGCAAGAUGUUGCAGCUGCUGCAGAUUUGCUGCUGCAGUGGGAGCAGCAGCGGGACUUGCUGCUGCUGACCAGCUGGGAAAGCUGGGCUGCUGCUGUUGGAGUGUCUCUGGAGAAGCUGCAGCAGCUGGUGCUGCUGGUGCACAGCACGGGGCCCUCGCGCCUGCAGCAGCAAAAGCAGCAGCAGAAGCAGCAGCAGCAGCAGAAACAGAAGCAGCAGCAGAAGCAGCAGCAGCAGAAGCAGCAAGAGCAGCGGUCAGCAGCAACAGGAGACGCCCAGGCUGCGGCAUCAGGUGCUGCUGCUGCGGCUUCUAAUGUGGGGGCUAACGACAGCAGCAGCAGCAGCAGCAACAGCAGCGGCAGGGUGACCUGCCCCAAUGGCGUGCUGUCUCCUGCUGCUUACGAGCUGCUGCUGCUGCUGCUGCGCGCAGAAGCAGCACUGCUGCUGAAGGGACCUCAAGGCAGCUCUUUGCUGCAGCUGCAGCGGCCGCCCUCUGUGGGGGAGUGGGCCGCUGCAGCAACAGCAGACACUGCAGCAACGGAAGCAGCAGCAGCAACGGCAUCUGCUGCUGCUGCUUCGACAGGCUCAGGCGCCUUCGGCCUGGGCCCCAGCAGCGCAGCAGCAGCAGCAGCAGCAGCAACAACAGCAGCAACGGAGUUCCAGUGGGACGGCCGCAGCGGGCAGCAAAGUUGGCCAGAUUUAACAGCAGCAGAAAGGCAGCAGCGGAAGACUUUGCAUCAGCAGCUGCUCGCGCUGCAUGCGUUUGUAUCUUGGCAGCAGCAGCAGCUUGCUGCUGCUGCUGCUGGCGUCGCCAAGAGGUUUAGUGGCGCUGCUGCUGCGAGGCGCGAGCAGCGGCUAGCAGCAGCAGAAGGCCCCGGGCCAGGGGCAGCAGCAGCAGCAGCAGCAGCUGCUGCUGCUGCUGCACCAAACGCUGACGAGCUGCUGCUCGUUGCCCUCAGAAGCGCCCGAGAAGGACUGAAGAGGCAUGCAGUGGAGCAGCUGCAUGCAAGAUAUCUUGCUGCUACUGCUCCUGCUGCUGCUGCUGCUGCGGCUCCUGCUGCUGCUGCUGCUUCUGCUGCUGCUGCAGGCGGUGCAUCUACCUCUGGAUCUGCUGAUGGAGGUGAAAAGCUAAGCAGCGGCAGCAGCAGAAACAACAACAGAAGCAGCAGCGACAGCAGAAGCAGCAGCAGCAGCAGCAGCAGCAGCAGCAGCCCUGCUCCGGGCUGGCCCGUGUACUGGGGGUGGCUGCAGCAGGGAAUGGUCCAGUGGUCACGGCUGCAGCGCGUGCCGUUUGAAAUACCUGUGAGUUGGUGGUCUGCUGCUGCUGCAGUGCGUUCGCUGCAGCAGCAGCAGGAGAGCGAGGAGCUGCAGCAGCUGCAGCAGGAGCAGCAGCCGCUGGUGGGGGCCGAACGAGCAGCAGCAAAGACGCAGCAGCAGUGCGAGCUGCUGCACAUGUCUCCGGAGAAACUUAUGGCAAUUCAAAUUGCAACUAAAAGGCCAAUAAGUACAGAAGCAAAAGUUCCGGGUUUGAAGCCUGACAAGGGUAAAAUCAAGCUGCUGCUGCUGCUGCUGCUGCUGCUGCUGGAGAUGCAGUUUUGA